CAACCAAACUGCCAACCAGCCAGCCACCAGUCUCUCUCUGUCUCUGUCUGUCUCUGUCUCUCUCGCUUCUACGCGGAACCCCUCGUCAGAAUGAAGCUCGUGAUAAUCAUCUUGCUCCUCUGCGUCCACUCGGCAGAUCCGGUGGAAGUUUGCAAUGGCGUGAAGAAUCAGGUGGUGUUCUGCCCAAAUGGCCAAGAACUCAAAUUAGACACUCAGUCUACUGGUGUUUCGGUCACAUGGACCUUCAAUGGAAAAAGUCUCCCAAAUGGAAUAACGCACCCUGACACUGCGAACAAGAAAGACCUGAAUAUUGCCAGCCUUACAGCCGAGCACACUGGCUUGUACAAGGCCACCUACGCCCCGAGCAAGGAGGACAAAUUCACCAUCAUUGUUGAUGCCGUCACGUGCAUCAAAAAUGUUCCGUGCGACGUCGCGGUGGGUGCCUCCAUCAAAAUGGACUCCGAACUGGAGCCGGUGAAUUCCUGGACCUUGAAGAAAAGUGAUGGUAGUGAUACAGAGGUCAAUGAGGCUGAGAAGUUCACCGCCACCAACAAGAAAGUGUUGGGCCUCUUCAAACUGAAAACAGAGGAAAGCGGGACGUACAAGGCCACGAAGAAUGGACAACCAGACAUUGUUGUUGAGUUUCCAGUCAGUGUCACCGCAAAAAAUCCUGUCUCCAGCGUCAAAAUCAAGAAGCAAGGGGGCAAAGCUCACGUGUGUCCAGCCGACAAGGUGGAGUUUGAAUGCACGGUCGGCGGUGAUGCCAAAUCCUACACUUGGACCAAGGACAAGAAAGUCAUCAAUGCCGAAGAAAAUAUUGAGCUCUCCACUAACAAGUUGACCAUCAAGAGUGCGACUUCUGGUGACUCCGGCAGUUAUGCUUGCAAGGUCAAAGGCUACGACAGUAAGGCUAUGGUGACUAGCCCCAGCGAAGUUCUCACCGUCCAAGAUUCCCAAGCCGUCUCCGGCGUCCGCAUCACCCAGGAUGGCAGAACCCUCCAGUGUGCGGCCACCGGUGGCGUCAAACACUUCAAGUGGCAGAUGGAGGAUGGGACGAAAGUCCCUCCACAGCACGGCUCAGUGGGCGGUGAUGACUCAGUGUUCAAUUUGACCCCGAAGGCCAAAGGCAACUUUGUUUGCGAGGCCACCGGCUGCAAUGACAAGGCCGAGAAGUCCGAGUUCUUUGGCGUCAGCGAGGGCGCUGGCUCUGACACCAACAACAAGAAGAUGGAUGGAGAUAAGCCAGGAGAGGGAGCAAGGGGCCUCCAGGGCGCGUCCACCUCCGUCGCUCUGCUGCUGAUAUGCGUCCUCGUUGAGCUCUACGUGAUGAUGCUGUAGACCCGGCGGCCGCCGGACGAGAGAUCCUGGAGGCGUCGACGUGCGCCCUUCCAUUUUUCUUUUUUCAUUUAUUCGUUCAGCAAUCAAAAUAUUCAUUCGUUAAUUCAGCAAUAAAAUUAAAAAAAAAAAAAGCACAGAAAGCGGAUCGGGAGAGGCGGCGGCGGCGGCGUUGACGGCGGCACGAGACCCUCGCGCAAUGGAAAACCUCGUCCAUCUGGCGCAAGGGAGGGCAACGCGUGACGCCUGAGCGGUUGGCCUUCGACUUGUUUGCAGCGGGGGAGUGGAGCGGGAAAGCGCUUUUUUUUUUUUUUCUUUUUGCUCUUAUUCAAUUUUCUUCUACUUACUCAAUGUAUUAUGCUAUUUACAAUUGAUUAUGUGAUUGCAUCGGGUGGGGAGGUUGGCAAACGUUUCGUUUGGACGCUCUGGAAGGAAGGUCGUCAACGCGAUUGGGCGAAUUUGAUGGUGCAACUUUUUUUUCUUCAUCUUAUUCCAAUUUUAUUCGACUUGAUUAUAUCAUUAAACUUAAGCAUUGGGGCUGUUGGCAAACGUUGUGUUUCGACGCUCUGGAAGGAAGGUGAUCAACGCGAUUGGGUGAAUUUGAUGGUGCAACUUUGCAUUUGCUUUCAACAAACGCAUCAGAUGGAAGGGCUUGCUUGAAUCCGAGGGCGCAACUUUGCGUUUGCUUUGUACGCAUCGGAAGGGAUUGCUCGAAUUCGAUGGGGCAACUUUGCAUUGGUGUCAUGUAUCGAUGGGCUCGGAACCACAAUAAAGUCUUCAUCGUCCCA